AACUUCUGGACGGUUGCUAUAUCCGAACGACCGCCUAUCUUAACGGAGUAUCCAGUCACCAAGAGAAACGAGACAGAACCGAUCAGUUUGAUAGUGCCAAGAUGGGUGCGAAUGUCGACGUCGAAGAAUCGGCCGCCGUGGCCUCUCCUGACAACAUCGAGAAAAACGAGACAAGCCAGCAGCCUUACGAAAAGGAAGAACAUGUCUACGACACAGGUCUUGAGCCAUGGAUGCAAGUGCUCGGUUCAUGGUUUCUGUUCUUCAACUCAUGGGGCGUGAUUAACACAUGGGGCGCUUUCCAAACAUACUACGAGCAAAACCUCCUCUCGAACAUGUCGUCGUCGGAUAUCGCUUGGAUCGGAUCGUUGCAGUCAUUCCUUCUCAUGCUUUUCGGAGUCGUCACAGGCCCGCUUUUCGACGCUGGAUACUUCCGGUAUCUGCUCACCUUUGGCAACAUCAUGAUGCCGUUCGCUUUGAUGAUGGUUAGUAUCUCCUCGAAGUACUGGCACUUGAUCCUUGCGCAAGGUGUCGUCAUCGGACUUUCCAGUGGAUGUCUGUUCGUCCCGUCCGUCGCCAUUCUACCGCAAUACUUCAAGAAGAGAAGAGGUCUGGCCAACGGAGUCGCAGCCUCGGGAAGCAGUAUCGGAGGUGUGGUGUAUCCCAUCAUGUUCAACCAGCUCCAACAAAAGGUUGGAUUCCCAUGGGCAACGCGCGCAGUCGGCUUUCUCUGCCUGGGAACAAUCUGCAUCUCCCAACUCACAAUGAAACUGCGAUUUUCUCCCAAGGACAAGCGCAAGCUCUUCAUCGUCUCCGCUUUCAAGGAACCCCAAUUCGUCAUGUUCUGCAUCGCCAUGUUCCUGGGUUUCAUGGGCUUCUACAACUUCCUCUUCUACGUCCAGUCCUACGCCAUCGACACGGGUAUCGUCGGCUCGGAACUGGGCUUCUACCUUCUCGCUAUGCUCAACGCCGGUUCCACUUUCGGCCGUAUCUUCCCCAACUUCAUUGCUGACCUUACGGGUCCUUUGAAUGUGCUUACUCCCGCCGCUACAGCAACUGCUAUCCUAGCCUUUGCCUGGAUCGGCGUCCAUAAUGUCCCCGGUAUCAUCGUCCUGGCUGUCUUGUAUGGUCUGUGCUCGGGUGGAUUCGUCUCUCUGCCCGCUGUGGUUAUGGCUACUAUGACUCAGGACGUUCGGGAACUGGGAACCCGGCUGGGUAUGGUUUUUGCGGUGACAUCGAUUGGAUUGCUGAUUGGUACUCCUAUCGGUGGUGCUAUUUUGAGUGACUCGGGGUCGUACCUGGGUGUUCAGCUGUUCACUGCUUGCUGUCUUAUUACUGCUUCUGGGUUUUUCGUGACUUUGCGACUUAUGCGCACGGGUAUCACGUUCAAGGCUCGGGCAUAAUCACACCACAGAAGAAAAACAAAAACACCAAGAGUUCUUGCAUGCAAGACUUCAACCCUAUUACCAUCGUCUACUAAUGCCUAAUUUUUAUUUUUGUUGUCGUUUCCAGCAUCCGGGGCAUACCAAAAGUCAUCGUUUUCUUGCAUGUGCUUGUUCUGUCGUUCUGCUCAUGAUACCAGGUUUCAGUAUGGACUACGAGGUUAUGUACUAGCAUGCAAGUUAUAUUUAAUGGUUUGGUCAGGUUUGCAUAUACUGUUUUUGAGGGAUAGCGAUAUGGGAUAGAAUCCUGUACAUACUUUGCAUAUAAACAUCAUAGUUAUAAUUCAGUUUGCUUACAUC